AUGUCAACCCUCGACGAAGCACUAUCCAAACAACACAGCCUAUCAGUCUGGCACGUCUACCACAAGGGAGACGAGCACAUCUCAAUCACACCAUUCCUAAAUCCGAAAAAGGAGACUGGAUUCAACAAGAGACCUGCAGGAUACUCCAACACCCGAGACCGAGAUAAUGAAACCGACAGUUAUUUCGUGCACCAUCCGACUCUUCUAUUACACGAUGCACCACGUACUCUCCGUCGCAGAAACAAGAACGGAGCGCCCAUCUGCCUAAUAAAAUGCGGUGCCUUUUGGCGGAAUUGGACGAUCCAGUUCAGCGAUAAUCUGAAAGAUGUUAUUGAUCCUAGAGGCGUGGUAAGAUGGGAGUGUCGCAGUAACCCAAACAAUACAACUCUCAACGAUGAUCAUGCUUUGAAAGGGUAUAAAGUCCGUACGUGGAGGGUGUGGGGGGAAAGUGGGAAAGAUUAUCACCGUCAGGUAAAUGCGAGACGAAAGGUGGAAAAAGGAGAGUUUGCCAACGGGAAGAAAAAGGCGACGGCCCUACCUGGUGCUCCCGUUGAGAUGGGGAACAUAGGGAAUGUCACUGAAGCGAGGAAGCAAGGCUUGAAGUAUUCACAAACAGAACAUCCCAGCCCAGCGCCACAUACGCCUAUACUACAGCCAGCUGUUGCUGAAGAAGCAGUCCGUCUCAACUGGAGCUCUCCACUUUCGUUAAAUCCUCGACGUUAUAGGUUCGAAUACGCCAAUAUCAAGUUCUCCUGGGAAGGGACGAGAGACAUCCACCCGGAUAACAAAUUGGCGAGAUGGCUCAUGCCUUUCAGUCACUUGAAGUUGAUUGCCAGGCUCCCUGGGAUUGAGAGCGAAGAUGUUUUCGUUGGUCAAUACACACCAAGCUUCGCGUGCCGGAAAUUUGGCCAGUUGUGGAUUUUCAACUCUACGGUAUCUAAGCUCCUUGAUGGAGAGCAUUCCUUCACUUUGACUCAGCAAGCUGCAGCUAGUGAAUUGCGAGAUGUUAGGGAGACUCGACUGUAUGAAUUGAUCAUGACGACGGCUGUGUGUAUGAUAAUUGGAGAGAGAAAGAAGCGGCAUACUCUCUUGUUAUUGCUUACAAUAGCCGCGGAGGGGGGAAGUGCGUUUUAG